CGAUCACCAAUUCCAUGCAAGACAAAGUUAACAUACAGACACCCUUCAAACUCCCAGAAACAUGGCCCCCAACCAAGGCCAACCGCAGGUGUGGCCGCCGCCACCGCUGCGGCGAAGAGGCCGAUCCGGACUUGCGAAAUGCGCAGCCCUGAUCUCGCUGUCCCUGAUCGUACUGGUGGGCUUGGCCGUGCUCAUCAUUUGGCUCGUCAUCCACCCGAGACGGCUGGUUUUCACCAUUGACGACGCCUACAUCGACCAUUACAACAUGACCAAGGACCACCUUGACGCCACGUUCGAUCUCUCCCUACGGGCCUACAACCCGAACCACAGGGUCACUGUUUUCUACGACGACAUCCAAGUGACGGUGGAGUAUGAGGACCAGGACCUCGCAAGCAGCAUCGCCGAGCCCUUCUUUCAGCGCCACAAGAACGAGACCGAGUUGCACGUGAUGCCGCAGGCUCGGGACGUGGCCCUAAACAGACGCGUGUCGAAAAACCUGAGGACCGAGAGGUCGUCCGGAGCGGUACAGCUCAAGGUUCGGGUUCGGGCCAAGGUAAGGUUUAAGGUCGGGAUUUGGAAGUCGUGGCAUCGGACGCUCAGGGUUCAUUGCCACCCCGUGCUCGCCCUCUUCACGAGGGCGCGGAGUUUCGGGACGAAGGACUGCCGCGUCGAGCUUUAGGGCAUCGCCGGUUGCAAAAGUUCGAUUCAUUCAACUGUACUUUCUUUGUUUUCUAUUUGUGUGUUCUUUUUUCUUCUUUUGAACGAUUGGAGUGUGAUUGUUGAACACUAUUCGUGAUUUUUGUAUUUCUUGUUCUGUACGAUCGAUUGUUGGUGUAUUAUGUAUAAAACAUUCGUAUUGUGUCCGCAAA